AACUCCAGCUAAUCGUUACCGGCCAUUGACACCUGCAAGAAUAAUAUCGAUGUGCAGGGGCUCUUGCAGUGAAGCUCAUUUCCGAGAGGGUGCGCUUUUGAUUCUCUGACUGAAUUCCAAUGAUUUGGUUAUGUUGUUAAGUGUUAUUUAUUUUUUCUUUAUCGUCGAGAAUAAAUAUUCGUGACUAAAAUGUUCCGGACAGUUGUGAGACUAUCAAACUUUUCAUCCUUAGUGAAAUCACUCUGUGUUGAAUCAGUACAUGAAGUGUCGAAAAUUAAUACUUGUACUCUACCAAUUAGAUAUCUACACAUAACCUCAAUACAAAAUGCUAAACCGAAAGAUAAAAGAAUUCUUGGUGCUGGAACUAAAAAAGAUGAAGGUACCGAAGGAGAAACUACUGUAGAUAUAGAUCAUGUUAUUACAGCCGAGGAGAUAUUUCCAGAUAAAAAUACAGGAUCACUCAUAUUUGAUGGGAUCCCGUUUGCCCAAUUACCGAUUUGCAAUGUGAGAACAACACCAAACAAUACCAUUUUUUCAGUUACUAAUUAUAAGGGAAUUGUCCAAUUGUUGACUUCAUGUGGAGUUGAAGGUUUUAAACAUGCCAAAAAGGGAACAAAUAUUGCUGCUCAAACAACGGCCGUUACUUUUGGCGCAAAAUUAGUUAAAAACGGCUUUAGGACAGUCAGAGUCUGUAUUCGUGGGGUUGGACCGGGUAGAAUGUCUUCGAUAAAGGGGCUUCAAAUGAGUGGUGUAAAAAUCGUCUCUGUCACUGAUACUACCAGAGUGUCUUGGGAUCCUCCACGACCUCGAAAAGCAAGGAAAGUUUAAACUAUAACUCUUGAAUUCCUUAAGAAAAUGUAUAAAUAUGAUUUAUUAAUAAAAUAUGUUAUUUAAAAUUA